AGCGCAGUCGCUUGUCCGACGUCGAACCGAACGGAUCGUCUCUCACUUUCUCCGUUAUUUUAUUGAAAUAAACACGCGUCCAUAUUAUUUUAUAAUUAAUAAUUAAUAAUAAAUAGUAAUAAAUAAUAAAUAAUAAUCAAUAAUAAUAAUAAAUAAAACGAGUGUUGUGUCAGUGUGUGAAAAAAAAACUUUUUUCAGUUUGAAUUUUUUUGUUUAAAAAAAAAGUUUGUUGUGAGUGAAUAUUUUAUAUUUUUAUUUCCAUUUAAUUAAAAUUAAUUAAUUAAAUAAUAAUGAAGUGUAGGCUGGUUAAAAUGAUUAAUUUAUUAUUAAUUAUUUGUUCAUUUAUUUUAAAUGCCGAUUGUGUUUCUGUUGAUACCAAAAUGCGUGAGGAUGCUGAUUUAUCUGAGUUCUAUCAUCUGCUAGAAGAUAAUCAAGUGGCAAAUAAUACAUUAAUGUAUCGACAUGUUACAGUAUUUGCACCGACAAAUCGUGCAUUCCAAGAAUAUGUACCUCAAAAUAAAGACGCAUUAGUUCUUUAUCAUAUGUCAAAUUUACCAAAGACUACUGACGAACUUGGUGACACGAUUUCGUCAGAACUUGAGGGAAAUCCUCCACUUUGGGUCACAAGAAAACGCGGGCAUCCGCAAGAUGAAAUUUAUAUUAACAAUGCUAAGAUACUGGAAGGAAGUAAUUUUAGAUCGAAAAUUAAUACGCCUAUUGGAGAAAAAACUCAGGUUCUUCAUAAAAUAUCAGAAGUACUCGAACCAGUAUUAUCAAACUCACCAGACUCAUUGAUAUCUAAUCCAAAUGCAUUUCAAUUUUUGAAUCAAAGUGACAGUAUUAAUCUUGGUCAAUUUAGAAUAAGAACAUUUCGUCAAAGAGUAUUAUUAAAUAAUAAAGAAGAUAUAUUUAAAGCUGAUGGUGGGUAUACAUUUUUCAUACCCGAUGAAGAAGGUUUUAAGCCAUCAGUUAGACCAACUAAAAUAGAUCAUCAGGUAAUUGAUGGCCAUGUCAUACCAAAUCAUGUAUUAUUUACUGCACCAACGCCUAAUGAUAGACCUUACAAUACCCUGGCUAAUACUGAUAAUUUCAAAGUAACCAUUAGUUUUAUACGUGAUCCAGAUAAUUCAAAAAAAAUAUACGUUAAAUCAAACACUCUCGUCGGCGACGCGACUCAUCCAACGGGAGUGGUCCUCGCUGAAAUAGUAAAAGCCAACAUUCCCGUUAAAAAUGGAGUUGUCCAUUUGAUCCAGCGGCCGCUGAUGGUCGUCGAUACGACGGUUCAACAGUUUCUCGCGGACAAAGAAGAUGGUCCAGUAUACAAAUUCUACCAAGCGAUCCGUGAUUACGGUGAUGAUUUCAUGGAUAUAAUAACACGUUUACAAGAUAUUACCCUAUUUGCACCAAGUAAUGCUGCGUGGGAUGAAGAAGGUGUGAAACAUAUUCUUCAAGACAAAAAAAGAUUCAAAGAUAUACUUAAUUUGCAUUACGUACGUGAGAAACUUCCGCUCGAUAAAAUUAAACAGAAGAGCUUGAAUCAGAUGCCACUCGAUGGAAAGGGAUUUUAUGGGGUACCAACAGCAGCAUCAUGGAAAAGUUUGUACUUUAAUGUAGCCGAAGGUUCAAAUGGCAGCCAAAUGGUUACAGUCGAAGGCGGGGGUGUUAACGCAACAGUAAUUACAGCAAACAUUGCAGCCACCAAUGGAAUUAUCCAUAUUAUCGAUCGCGUACUUGGGAUUCCUUAUACAACUGUACUAGAUAAAUUACGCACCGAUCCAAUGCUCAAUUCCACAUACAUGCUGGGUCAACAACGUGGCUUCAACGACCGUCUUAGUGAGCCAAGGAAACGUUACACCUACUUCGUACCUCGUGAUUCAGCAUGGGAGAAGGCCAAAAACAUCUACCCAUCAGCUUACAAAAAAAUAUUCAUGAAGGAAUUCAAUUAUCACACAAAACAAAUAUUAGAGCGGCAUUUAGUUGAAGCGAGCCAAGCAUACACUAUGGCUGAUUUGAAAAAGUUAACAGGCAAUGAAUCGGUAAUGUUGUCACCAAUUAGAGAUCAAUUGAAAUUACGUGUCAGGGAAUACGAUGGAAACGAUCAGAAGUAUGACGAAAAUGCAAUUCAUCUGCCUAGUAAUAAUAACUAUGGCUAUCAAAUAGAAUGGAUGGGCAAAUGGAUACGAGUAUUCCGUCCAGAUGUCGCUUGCACUAAUGGAAUAAUUCACGUUAUCGAUGACGUUCUAUUAAUGCCCGAAGAUGUCACCGUAAGCGGCGCCUCUCUAUUAACAAUCACUCCUCAUAUUUUAACAAUAAUUAUUGCCAAAUGGUUUUUAUAAAUUCAUUUUUCAAUGAAUUAACAGAAAAAAAACUAACACUCACCAAUUAAUUAAUCAAUCAAUUAAUGAAUUAAUUAAUUAAUGAAAAAAAUUUCUUAUGGUCUACU